CGCUCCCACACGGUUACUGUAUCCUCGUACGUGCCUGGACUUUAUAACUCGGGGUGUAAAAGGUUACAAGAGGCGGUUCACGCGCGUGGACACACGCGCACGCGCGCGCAGUCACUCCAACCCGGCAGGCGGAACCCCCCCAGGCACCACCGACUCGAGACUUUGAGGCUGUUCUGCAGGGGACCGGGUUCGUGCUUCUUGGCGACUUCGUGUCGUCUAGCAGCUAUAUUUUAUUUAGAUAUAUAUAGAAUAAAUACACCGCGCGCACACGCGCAGCCACAACAAUAACGCACGUAGGCAAGAACGCAGUGCAGUGACAACAAUCGUCGUUCGCCACGAAGUGUCGCUUGUGCCAGGCUAGGUGCACCUCGGGUAACACAGCCACCCUCACACACUAGGAAUAGCACGCAUUGAAUAGGCGCACGUGAUAACGCACGCGCACACGGCACAAGGCGACGCAUACGAACACCAGGCGCGCAUGAACGUCACCACCAACCGACUGUGUUCAAUCAAUCCGAGCGGACGAUGUCUCUGGAGGAGUUCGACUACAUCGUGGUGGGAGCGGGAGUGCAGGGCUCCUUCACGGCCUACCACCUCCUUGACAGCCGUCCCGGCUCCAAGGUUCUGCUCCUUGACCAGUUUCCGUUGCCCCAUUCCCGCGGAAGCUCCCACGGGCAGUCGCGCAUCACGCGCCGCGCCUACCCCGAGCUGCACUACGCGCUCAUGAUGACCGACUGCUUCAAGGCGUGGGAGAGGCUCGGGAGAGAGACCGGCUCCACCCUCUACACGCGCACGGGACUGCUGAUGCUGGGCCCUCGCGGGAACCUGGAGCUUGAGGCAACGAGACGGGCGCUGGAGCACGUGGGUGCGCGGCACGAGUGCCUGGAAGGCGAGGAGCUGGCAGCUCGCUACCCGGGCCUCGCGUUCCCUCCCAGCGCGGAAGGCGCUCCCACCGCUGCCAUCCUGGAGCCGGACGGAGGGGUGCUCCACGCCCAGCGAGCGAUGUCCGCCCUCUGGAAGAGAAUCGAGGAGAAUGGCGGACGGAUCAUCGACGGGCUCAAGGUGACGGCGGUCUCGCCGGGCCGCGGCGGUGCCGUAACCGUGGCAACCGAGGAGGGGCGGGGCCCGCGGUUUGCGGCGGGCGCCGUGGUGCUCGCGGUGGGGGCCUGGGCAGGCGCGCUGCUCUCUUCGCUGGGGCUCCGGCUGCCGCUGCAGCCGCUGCGCAUCAACGUGUGCUACUGGGAGGAGAAGGAGCCGGGCUCCUACAGCGGCGCCUCGGGCUUCCCGUGCGUGCUGGACGCCGCCUCUGGCCUUCCACACCACGUCUACUCUCUCCCCAGCCACGAGUACCCGGGCCUGCUCAAGGUGUGCUACCACUACGGCACGCCGGUGAACCCCGACGCGCGCGACCUGGGGGCCGAGGGCGACAAGAGCGACGUGGAGGCGCUCCGCGCGUACGUGUCGCGCCGAUUUCCCGGCCUCGUGCCCACGCCGGCCGUGGUGGAGACGUGCAUGUACACGAACACCCCCGACGAGAACUUCAUCCUGGACCGCCACCCUGUGCACAGGAACAUCGUCAUCGGCGCCGGGUUUUCAGCAGGGCGAAGUACGGCGUGAAGAGGCUCGUAUCCACACAACGGGGCCGUCACGGUGAUCGAAAGUUAUCGGCGAUGAUUGGAACGCAACAUAAGCCGGGGCGAACACGCGGCAGAAAAAUGCGCCGUCGACCUACGGCGGAGACAGAAGCGCCCGCGCCGAUACGUCGCGGGCAGGGCCGCGCAGAGAUCAGAGCCAGACAUCUGACAGACAAUUAUGUUUUUGGAGACGAGAAACUGUGAGGUUGUCGGAUGUAUGGUCGGACUGCCAGACAGCUCGGCGCCCAUUCUUCUUAAUAAGGCCACCAACCUAAAAAAAAUCCGUUUCGCUCCAACUCUCUGUUUUUUUCUCUCAAAAGGGUGGCAGCAGCUGACAGAAGAGGCACAAUUGUAGUUUGGAGACUUGUUUGGAAAGCUGUCAACCUCUCGUGGUGACACCGGGGUUGAGCGUGACGACGACUACGAUUCACUCGCUCCGCUCGCUCGUUUCUCAAAACGGACGCACCCGUCACCCUUCAGCGACGUGGCUGAUCGUGACCUCCUGACCUACGAUGCAGAAAACACAUCCGGCGUGGCUCGGGAGAGGCGCAGUUUUUUUGCUGGAGACAUUGAGUGUGCGCUAUAAAGUGUAGACUCUGCACCGCUGCUGUUGGGGCAAGUGUUGUUAAGCGAGCACCGAUAAAGGCCGGCACGGCACACGAUUGGCUGGGUGGCUAACACCACACCCGGCCACCUUUGCCUCCCCAGUGCUGAUGUUUAAACACCAUCACUCAUUUAAGGUUUGGUCCACCUUGGGAGAGAAGGCCACGGACCGGUUUGGAUAUUCGUCACCGACGAUGGCUGGGAGCGGAAAUCGACGCGCGUCGUCGGGUUCAUAGCCCAGCGUGCUAACCGCUGCGCCACCACUCCCCGCCGACGUGCACCCACCGGCCACUGCUGCUGGUACCAGGACCCCCUUGCCAACCACGCACCCUCUCCC